AAGAGCCGGAUCACUACGAGUUGUGGCGGAAAUGUUCAUAGCUGUGAGAGUUGCAGUUGCACCGUGACCGUGGAGAGUGGCAUCAGCAGCCAAGUGGAAAGUAGCGCCACCUCUUUUCCCUCCGAUUCUUCCGUCUACCAAAUGCAGUCAGGACCUGCAUUGGAUGUGGCAGUACUCAGACAGUCGUCCGGCUUUUGUCUGCUACCCGAAUCGACUCACCGACUGCCGCCAAGCAGGCUUCGCCUACAGAAACCAAUGAGCAGGUCGUGGUUGGCAACAGCAGCUGAAGGUUGGCGAAGACAGGCAGUAGGCCAAGGCUUCAGGCUGAAGCGUGUCUCAGACCAGGUCUCCGACCGGGUCAAACAAACCCAGCAACAGGAGUCUGCUGAGCGGCAUCGCCGAAAUCGGCCCAACCACAGUCCCCAUCCGCAUCAGCAUCGCUAUAGUACAAAUGAGGUCUACGCACAUUCAGAGUGUGAACUAGAAGAGCCUGUCCAUCGAUGUGUCGAUGCAUCGCCGAGGCCGGGUGAGCAAAAAGGCUACAGCAAACUAGCAUCAUCACAGUAUAUAUGA